GUGGCGGGAAGCGAGACUAUCAACUACUGCAUAAUCAGUAAUAGACCAUUCAUUUAUUGUUUGUGGUGUACUGCGUGUAUUUUGAAUGCGUCCAUAGUUUGUUGGUCGUUUAUAAGAGGCGUAUGAGUAUCUACAAUGGUGCAAAUAAUCAUACGUGGUAGUGCGGAUGGCAGCAGUCCUCCAGAAUGGCUGUUGAUCGAGUUGCAGGGAGAGAUGAUACCAAGACACAACUCUGGUCUGGCAGGAAAUGUGAUGGGAGACCUACUCUACACAAAAGAGGGGGUACCUGUCUUGAUUGUAGGACACCACAUAUUAUACGGGAAGCAGGUCAAAUUGGAGAAACCCUUCGCUGUCCUUGCUAAGCAUCCUACUCAAUCGCAGGACAUUGUGGAUAGCACCAUCAACCAUGAUUCUUCCCAGGCUGCCAUAACAACUAAGCAGCAGACCUCUACCUCCUAUUCAGUGUCUGCACUCAUCAAGAAAAAACUCAUCUUUAAGACACGACCUAAACCCAUCAUCACUAAUGUACCAAAGAAAGUAUAGUGUGGUUGGGCUGCAUCCUAUCACGUGUGAUAGUAAAAAUCUACAGGUGACAUGGCAAACAUACUGUAUAUAGAGAAUUUACAUUUCCAAUGCUAGAGGCAAGCAGUCAACUACCGAUUGAGCAGAAGAGCAAAUUGCCAAACAAAUACUGGCAGGCACAUGUCGAUGUGAUCAAGCCCUCUCUAGCAACCAGACCUUUAAUUUUAUUUUUAAAUGCUGCUGUCAUAUUAUGGGCUACUUUAGCAUUCAGCAUUUACAUUUCUAUUGAAGUAAUAAAGCAAGCAAAUGUAUAAAAGUGUAUGGAAACUUUCAUUUACCUUUUCAAGAGCAAAAUG